GUUCUCCAACUUCCUCAACUUCUGUAAUCAUUCACCUAAAGCACGUCGGCGAAAUUUAUUUCACAAUCCAUGCCCUCUCUGUUGAUCUCUUUCUCUGGUUUCUUCUGCCAACACUGCAAACUACGAUUCUAUCGAUUUUCUCUUCGGUUGCCUUCAAAUUCCAUCCUGAUACCUUUUCUUUGAGAGGGUGGCCCUCAAUUCCUCCAAAUUCACCUCACUGUUCGAAGCGAAAGUCUCCUCGAUGCCGCCUUAAUUAAAUUCCUUCAAGAGCUUCCUUGGUUCCUUCAACAAUCAGAUCACAAAUUUUAUAUCUACAAACUUUUUGAUUCAGCAUACUGACCUUUUGUUGAAAGUGAACCUCUUGAGUACCUGUAGAAUCUGCCGCGGCUUCUUUGUUGGCAAUAGUCUUUCGCACCUGCCAAUUUGGCAUUAUUAGGACGCUGAUACCAGACAUCCAUCGACAAAGAUGCCUCCAGGUCGCGGGCUGAAAGAGACCUCGCAAGGCUCAGCACUUGAGAAGAGCGUUGAAAAGUUGUGUCAGGAACUCGACAGAACUGUCAAUGCAAAGGACAGGGAAGGAAUCGCCGAAGACACUCUAAUAUCAAUCGGUGAUGCUCUACGCACGGCGAAGGCAACGGAAACAAUAACUGAGCCAGCCGUAACAAGUCUUCUUUCAAUAUUGGAGAAUGAUCGCGGCGAGUUGUGUUGUACUUUUGAUAUAAAAGUGUUUUCUGCCAUUCUUGAAUUUGCACUUAGGAGCGAAGAGUGUCGAGGAAGUGAGCGUAUUCUCGUCUUGCUUGCCAAGGAACUUCAUACGCAAUUAGCACCUCAGGAAACUGAGAGCUCCCAUGGUAUUUUGGUCGAGAUCGCAAAACAAGUGAACGUUGCUCGCCUUAUUGAAUACUUUAUCGAUCAUUCGAAGCCAGAUGGAAUGAGAAGAUGGGUUGGUAUCAUCAUGCAACAGCUUUUGAGAGGCCCAGAGGCAGUUUCUGAGCAGUUUCAGCAUACACCCGAGGACGUCAGACGCAGCAUUGGUCCCAUGAUUAUCAGUGAAGAUAAUGAAAUCCUUAGGUUGAUUUGUGGACGGGUUUUUGCGUUACUACUAAACUCUGAUAUUCUGCCGGAAGAACUCUGCCCUGCAAGGACUAACCAAAGGGAAUACGAGGAUUUUCCAGUUGAUUUGCAGAACACAAAUGAGUGGAAAUCGCUAUUCCAGCAGUGGGUAGACCGGAAAUGGCCCGAUAAUGAAAGCCAAACACCACCGCAUAUGCUUUAUUAUAGUCUUAGUGUUGUGGCUAUACCCCCAUUUCGAUUGGGAACAUUGGGUGAGAGCAUAGAACUGGUUUUAGAAGACGGCUAUAUUCUCCUGCUGAAAAGUUCGACGGAACAAGAAUUGGAUCAGAUACUACAAGUGCCAUGUAGUUCUAUCUCCCGAGUUUCUCUCAUUGACAACUCUAUCAUAAUCAACGAGAGAGAAGUUUACGACAUUGUUUUUGACAUCAAGAAUGGCCAAGAGCGUUCCUCUUAUCUAAAUUCCCGACCUAUCACUCUUCAGCAACUACGUUUGACCACAGAUUCGAACAGGAACGAACUGAUGAUUGAUCUUCGCGAUGAAUGUCUGGAAGCAGAAUUCCAACCGGAGAGGGUUCAAGUGUCUCAAGCUGAAGAUGAUAUACUAGUUCAAGGAAAGGGAAGUUCGCCAGAUGCCGAGAGUUACGAGCAACCUUCUGAAGACGAGGGUCAACCAAUAAGAAGUGAUCCAAUAACGUUCGAAUCCGAGGACGAAGCGCUAGACACCUUGCUCGCCCUCGAACGUCAAAUUCAAGCCAAAAAUUCUCGACAUCAAUCAUAUGAUAACAUAUCUUUGAAUGAGACCGAUGAAUUGGAACAGCCCCAACAAAAGUUGAGCAAAAAUUAUGCAGCCAAUAAAGUCAAUUUACCUGAGCGUGGUGAUGUUGCAAGCUUCAGUGAUUCACCUACGAUGCCUGCCCGUCAAAAGCAUAUCCCAUCUUUCGACGAGGCUUCAGAAUUAAAUGACAAAAUUCUUGAAAUAAGUGGUCGGACACUUCUUUCGAGGCAGGAAGGCAAAUCUUGCUCUCAAGCCUCUCAAAAUCUACCUAUCACGGAAACUCCAUCCCAAAAGAUUGCAAUCAAUGUCGCCCUUACUGUCAAGACUAAAGACAAAGCGUCUGUCAGUCUAAGAAACGGAAGAGAGGCACUCAUACCAGAAGCACCAACAAACCAAAGUGCUAAUCUGAAAGCUAGCAAACUGCCAAAGAAGUAUUCUGUUAAACCCAAGACACCAAUCGUGGGCGUGAAAAGCGUUAAAGUGGAUAACCCUCUACCAAAUGUACCAGAGACGGCAAUUGCGUCUUCCGAAAAUAAUAAGAGAUCCGAUGAAGGAUCUUCACAAGUCCAGACAAAUAUCUAUGACUUACCAGGGAUCAAGGAAGACGGUGGAAGAGAAUUCAAGACGGGAAGUCAAGGCUACCAGGGGACAAGAAAAAAAGCUGGUAGUUCUAAACAAAAAGGCAAACAGAAUACCAAAGGCAAGGGGAAGAACGUGAAGACCUUUCAAAAACCCAAGCCUACCCUGACAGCAGUCGAAGAGCCUAUAUUCAUCAAGAGGGGUAGCCAAAGGGCGGCUGCAAGUCAAGCCAAGCUUAGCAUGAGCAAAAUCAAUGACGACUUGGAGGACAUUGAAGAUGAUUUCUCUGAUGGUCGAGAUAGUGGACCAGCGCAGCCCAAUGUCUCGCGAAAGCGUAAGACGGCCGAGCAAUCAUCCGAGCUAGUCGAGCCAGUUUUAUCGGAGAUCAAGCUCGCUUCAUUGCCAGAGUCGGCUACAGAUGAAAACAAGGAAGCAUCGAUUCUUCAGCAGCAAGACGCUCAGGUUUCAAGUCUACUUGAUGUCAAUCUCCCUCCUGGUGACCCAUUCGCGCUUGAUGACUUAUACACUGCGAGUCCGCCUUCCCGAAAGACGGCCGCAGUAAAUUUCGCCAGCCAAUUGGAUGAUCUCUUAAGUGAUGACACUAAGGGCGAUAAACAGACAACUCAGAUCAAAAGUUCGAACAAGGGUCACUUCAAGAAAAAUCUGUCUCCAAUCACACCACCGGAAAAGUCAAGAGAUCUCGUGCAUAGUACAUCAGAUAAUGAACCGAGCGUCCUCAACAAGGGCUUACCAAAAGGCGUGGUCGAGAAUGCUGAAUAUUGUAAUAGUCACAAAAACCAAGAAGUAGAUCCAGAGGAACUACAGUCAGAGGAUAGAAACCCAAGCCAGCCAGCUCAACGUGUUGAAGAAGUGAUACCCGUCAUUCCAUGUGAGACGGAAGCCAAGAAAAGUCAAAUGAUCAAAAAGACAGAUGAUCUUGAAGAAGUGUUAGGCACUAAGCCUCCCACCAGAGCAGACGAGAAGGAGGUUAAGAAGAUGGACGAGCAGGCGCUCAUCGCAAAUAUAAUCGAUCCAGUACUUUCAGUUCCCAGCCAUCCUUCACACAGAUUUUCGAUUGACUCCAAGCAGGAAGUGAUUCACGAACCAGUUGCUACAAAGGCAUCAGCUUCUACUGACCAUCAAUCAAAAGGCCUGCUAACCCUACAACUGCCGGAUGUAGCUUCGAUCGAGGAAAAAAAGCGAAAGGUUGCAACAGAGAUUACUAUACCACCCAAACGCCGUAGACAAAUUGCGACAAGUAACUCAGGAAGCCCCUCAAUCUCACCAUCUGGCCCUCGCGCGCAAGGAAAUGCGUCUCCCGAAAGCUUAGCUAGCAAGAAGAUAAUGCUACUUGACGAUCGAAGUAUUCGCAAACCAAAUUUCAUACACUUUAAUGCCAAAGGUGCACAAAAUCAGGGUUCUUCUGGCACGUCCAUACCUGUUCCAAAACGCGACUCUGAGCUACACAUCAAAACAUCAAAUAGUGCAAAAUUCAAGUCACAGGACAUGAUAAAAAGUAAAAGAAGACACGAUUAUGGUCAUGGCUCGAAUGAAGAAAGUAUAUUUGUCUCUCAAAGUCCACCCAGAAAGCGUCAGAGUGUUAGUCCGCCGGAUGAAGCUUCACUAAAAGAUACGUCCGUCUUAGUAAAUGAUACAACUAGGCCUAUAAUUCCCACAGCUCUUAAAUCAAUCUCACAAGGAUCCCGAGUGGAUGCGUUCGGUAGUCCACAAGCACAACACAAUGUACCUUCUAUCGGUCAUGCUCUCCGAGUCGAGCAAAGAGAUUUAGCACUAGAAUUCGGCAAGGCAGGGUCACCAACUAUGAACUCUCACCAGGAUUUAGCUACAAUCAAAGUUCUAUCUCCUGAACUUGACGCCAAGGACACUGCAGAGAUUUUUGGUCCGCGUGUUAAAGUAGUAAGUAUCCCGAAAGUACGUCCUGCUCCGCCAGGAGAGUCUUCUGUUCGAUACGUCCCGCACACAAAAACCCAGAACGGAUCUUAUAAAGACAUUUCAACCAUGGAAGAUAUUCAAGAGGUAAAAGUUCUGCCGGAUCCGUUUAUUGAUGCCGCCCAUCACAAAUCGAGUGGGUUUACAGAACGAUUACGGACACGUGAGGCCGAUGGAGGCUCGAAUGUUCGUUUCAGCAAUCCCGAAAAAACUCUAGUGGAUGUUAAAGAGCAAAUCUUUAGUAGAGAGUCAUCUUCACCGAGUGAAUUUUCGAGUAGUUCAUCUUUCCGAUCAGGCAUUUCGAACACUUUAAGACAAGGAUUAUCUCCCCAUAGUCGAUGGUUGGAGGGUGUUAGACCACAUUACAAGGGAUAUGCAGAUGCUGUUCAUAAAAUUGCCGAUGAGAUGGUGAUUAGAUUGACUAAUGAAGAGGAUGCAUCAGAGCUGGUCGUUCGUCAAUACAAGGGGAACGCUGCGAGAAUGCUCGAGGAUUUGAGUAGCAAGCGAGAUGUGGAGAAGCUUAGUAUACGUCAACAAAUCGAAAACAAGAAGACAGAAUUGAUUCGAAUGUAUGCUGAAGCUGGGAAAGUCGUGAAGCAAAUCGAAAAGGAUAUAAAAAUUUCUCCCGUGGGUGAUGUUGAUGGAAAGUGGCAGGAGAGACAAGAGUUCAUACAAAGAGAAUUGAAGGGAGGGAAACGCACAUUGGAUUCAUAACUCAGUGGACCAUUGCUUGAUUGGCUUUCUCAUUCUGUAUUUGAGAACGAUGGGGAGUGGUGCGUAGAUUUCAAAUUAGGCUUUCGGUAGCUUUUCA